CAUUUGUGUGUUUUUUUAUCUGUGAAAGUAAAUGUUUUCAUUAAUACUCAUUAAGCAGGAAUCUGAGACAUAUUCAAUAAAAAAUACAUUUUCUGAACGUUAUCUUAAAAAAGUUGAUAAAUGUUAGCACCGAGUAUAAUAAUGAUUAUAAUAAUCCACAUAGAUUACAAAUGUCUGAGCCGUUUUUUCGUGUUAUUUUUCUGACUGUUCUGAUCUGUUGACAGCACUUACUACUAAUGACGAGGUUUAAGAAGAAAAUAAAAUCUUGUUUAUGAUUGGCGGGAGGGGGGGGGGUUAAAAACAGGGGCACAAAUCCCUUUAUUGACUCCAAGAUUUUGCUUUAACAUCUGUCACAUUAAACACCAGUUUUUAAAAAAAUGCAACAACAACAAGCACCAAUGACCAAUAAAAAGGUACAGUACAGUAGAGUACUGAUGGCACCACUCCUAUUUUUCAUUUUUCAUUAUUUUCAUGAAAAGGAAAGGGCUGCACUGGAUUCUAACAAUUAAAUCCAACACUAAAUAUUAUACUAAUUUUAUAUGUGCUUUAAUUAACUAAAACUAGCUUGAAAAUAAAUUUUAUUCUCAUUUAUCUAUUUAUAAUAAUGUUCACACAUGCACUCAUUGACCUUUGGUUAAUAAAGAGUGGAGUUUAGUUUGGAAUGAGGCGUAAUAAAGGAAACAGAUGUUAAAACAAAGUGAAAAAAUGCAAAUAAAAUGUAAUCCUAUCAUAAGGUGGUAGAGCAGUGAUCAUCAACUGGUGGCCCGCGGGCCAAACAAUCCUGCCCACGACGGGAUUCCAAAACUGUGGGGAUUAAAUUUUCAAAGAAAAUUUAAAAGAAAUAUGGAAACUUUUAAAGGAUAUGUUGUUGCAGUAUAAAUGUAGUGUUUCAGACAGUCAGAGAACAAAAGUAAAUGUGCUUUUCUCUUGUUCUCGUAUCUUAAUGGUGGUGGUAGGGGGUUAUCAGAGAGGAGACAGCUGUUUAUCACACUGCUCUACGUCACACUCACAGACACUUGCUGAUUAGCAGACGCUGUGAGAGGACUGGCCUUCUCCCAGAUGGGUGCUCCUCCUUUACAUAAGAAUUUAUAGGCAUACGAGGUUGUCACACAGGAAUCUGAAGGACAUCUGUCAUAACUCAGGGCUGAGUUGGACCUCGUUUUUUCAAACCAAAAAAUGAAUUCAAAUAACUGGUAAUGUGACGUUGUUGUUGUUGUUGUGUGAUUUACAUUUGUUUUUACUGGUCAUUCAAUUCUCACAGUAACUUGAAUCACAAAGUCUCAGUGGUUCUCUCUCUGAUUUGGUAGAACCUGACUAGUCCUCAUCAUUGGGAGAACAGAGUCUCCGCUUUUCACCCCUCCCCCCAUCAAGUGGGCAAGUGUCAGGACACAGUUACCAUGAUGACAGGCGGCUGUUGCCACCUGCCUGGUUCUCUGUGUGACUGUGCCAGCAGCACGGCUGUGUGGAAGAGUGUGGAGGAAGGCAUCAGUGACGGGUGCCAAGGGCAUUAUGUCACCCAGGUCACGGCCAUCGAUGGACGGUUGUUGUCGUCUGUGCUGAAGCCCACUGGAACGCAGAGUGAUGGCCCAAUAUGUCGUAUCUGUCAUGAAGGGGGCAGCCACGAGUCUCUCCUCUCACCCUGUGACUGCACAGGCACCCUGGGUGCGGUGCACAAGAGCUGCUUGGAGCGGUGGUUGUCGUCCUCCAACACUAGCUACUGUGAGCUUUGCCACACAGAGUUCAACAUCGAGCGCCGGCCCAGGCCUCUGACAGAGUGGUUGCAGGAUCCUGGUCCCCGCAACGAGAAGAGAACCUUGUUCUGUGACAUGGUGUGCUUCCUGUUCAUCACACCUCUAGCAGCCAUAUCAGGCUGGCUGUGCCUGAAGGGCGCUCAGGACCACCUCCAGCUCGGCAGCUGGCUGCAGAGCGUGGGCCUCAUCACCCUGACUAUCGCCCUGUUUACCAUCUACGUGUUGUGGACCUUGGUGUCCUUCCGCUACCACUGUCAGCUGUACUCCGAGUGGAGACGAACAAAUCAGAGAGUGUGUCUGCUUGUGCCUGAAGGGAAGGAGUCCAACUCUUCCCAGCAUGCAUUGCUCUCCAGUAAACUGAUGAAAAAGCUGGCAAGUGAGAGCAUAGUAUGAAAACAAACGGACGGCUGAUUGUCAGUGAGUCGUGGCUGCCUGAGAGGGAAAAGAAGCACUUUUUGUCUCUUUUUUUUUGUUGCUUUUUUUAGCAUUAAGGAAAGGAGUCAGAGUUGCCGCGACAAAAAGCCAGUAGUGAAUGUGAAGGAUGGACCAAACCAGCAUUUUUUAAAAAUGGAAUAUAAAUGUUUGUUCUUAGUUUCAACAACCACAGGAGAUAAUGAUCAACACAGCCUUCCUUAUGGGUGAACUGUCAUAAUCAAACCGGAACCGUCUUGGGUUUGGACUAAUCUUCUCUUUACAGUAUUGUCUUUGCACAGUGUUUUGAAGCACACAAGUUGACGGCUUCACACUUUUUGGAUUCCGACACACAUUAACAUGAAGCACGACCGGACGAAGGUGCAGAAGAACACGUUGCACUUUGAGGAACCUCGUUCAGCAUGCACAGCCAUGCAUGGAACAGCUGUUUAGGACCGUGUGUUUUUUUACUCUUGUGGUAAUGUAAUGUACAUUUUAUUUUAUACUACUGCAGUGAGGUUCUAAAGUACUGUGUCCUCUCAGAGGAUCGUGUACCAUCAGCACUUAACGGGUGAAUCUUCAUGUCCUUAUAGACUGAGGGGAAUCCUCUUCCGAAUGGCUUUUAGAGGAACAUUUCCUGCAUUUCUUCUUGAAUAAUCUCUGACGGCCUGUUGUUCUGUUUACAGUAGUUUGUGAUUCUGUGUGCAAUGACCAGAAUUGUUGGUGUUUGGUGUUCCCUUUAGUGUUAAAUAUCAACCUUUAAUUUAACUCUCUCUCUGAAUGGUUUUAUGGAGUAAACUUUAUGCAAGUUUGUUGCUUUUUUUUUCACUUAACAGGCCACGAGACGUUUACACAGUGUUCCAUGUACAGUAUGUCCAUUUGAUGGCUGUUGUCUUCUUUGCCAACUCCCCUUAGCACACUGUGAUGAUACAGAGUCGUGUUGACUGUGUUUUGAACAGCAGACUGUUUACUUGUGACUCGUCACUGCUGUAUGUCGUUGGGUGCGUUAAAAAGAAAAGAAAAGGAGACAGUUUAACAUGUGGCUUUGUUCUGCGGCACGUGUUUUUAAAAAGUACUCUAUGCAGGAAUUUUGGAAUUCACCCGGCACAAGGGGGGGCUGUAAACACAGUUUAAAUCAGGAGUCUCAAGCUCAAAGGAGGUGGGGGCCACUGGUGCACCUGGAGGGCCAAAAAAUAACAGCAAUGGUCAAAUUACAUUAUUACUGAAGACUCAUUGUGGGUCGGACGUGGUUAACAACCUGAAAAUGACCUGCGGGCCGGGGGUUUGACACCCUGGUUUGAAAUGUCUGAUGAUGUAUUGAGAAUAUGGUAGAAUUUGUUUGACUAGGACCCGGGGGUCAGACAGUGGCUCCUUGACCUCCAGUUCAAACUUACAUGUUCUGUCUGUGGGAUAUCUGGACUGUUGGAGUCCAGAUUGUGGAUUAAGGUAAUCAGACAGUCUACAUCAAUCCCAGGUGUUAAUGUGGCCCUGUGAAUGGACAGGAUGUAGCCCCGGUGGCCCCAGUCAAUCUGAAUAAGAUUAAGAGGCUUAUACUACGUCCUUUGUGUUGCAUUACACCCGCCUCCCCUCCCCGUCUAUUUUUACUGCAGAAUAAUUUACCCAGAUGCUUCAUGACUAUUGUAAAACAUUAGAAAUGAAUCAUAUUAUUCAUAGACCUGUGAAGCCCUUUAAAAUGACUGUUUAUAUGAUUGAAAGGCUUAUUUUUUAAUGGGACAUUUCUGUAUAAAUAUGCCAUUAUUGUUAUUAUUAUUAUUAUUAUUAUUAUUCUAACCUGUGACAUAUUUUGCUGGUGUGAAUGUUCUGUUUUGAUUUCAUGCACUCUAGUGUUUGUACAAUGUUCGAUGUAAGAAGUUUUGAAAUACUUGAACAGUGUUUUUCUCGUGUGACGCCACGUCCCCGUUGUGAAUGUGGAGAAAGAAAAAAAAAACACAUUCUGUUCCCCUGCACUGUGUUCACUACUGCGUUCUACUGGAUCCUGUGGUUUAAAGUUGAAGAAGCCAUCAGAGCUGUUUGGCAAGCUGUUGCAUUUUAGCCGUGGUGUUCUGUUCUGUGGAGGUAGACAUCACAAAUGUUUGUUUGCUGACAGUUAUUUCCUCACUCUGCUCCUGAGGUUGCCGUUGAACUGCUCCUUUUGAAGGCUUUGUUUUUAAAUAAUCUGAGGAUUAACCCCCAUGACGCACCAGGGACGGUGUCCGCCGUACACGCCUCCAAAUCACUGGAUUAUCGAUGUUGUUACUGUUUGUCAAAAACAGUAACAACAUGGAUUACAUUGAGUUGUUUUUACAUUUUACACAGAAUGGUGGCUAUUGCUGUUUAUUGACGGACACUUCUCUAUUGUUUUCAGUGUCCAUACUUUGCUGAUGUUGUUUCUGUAUGAUGUGCUGCCAGAAAAGAUGUCUUUACCAAACGUCUGGUGCCUGUAAUCAGCCAACAACUGUUUUCGAAGCAAGAAAACAUUCUGAAAAUAAAAUUCCUUCUUUCAGUUC